AUGCCGAAGCGGCUACGUCGCGCACAGCCUCUGUCCAGCAGUAGGGUUAGGUCGGCAGGGCUUUGUGGUGUACACAAAGGGUUGAACUCCGAGUUGAUCAACGACAUUCUGACCCGGGUUCAGCAUGAGGUCACAUCGGGGUUACGCCAGAUUGAAGAAUACCUUGAGCUCAUUGGAGAUGUCGAGGCAGAGAUUCUAGCCAAGCUACGAACCCUGCAGGGCAUGUGGACCAAGCCUCAGAUGGGCAAACCGGUGGCUCCGAAUGCCUUGCCGUACCAGAUCAAUGGGUGUGCGGCAUGCAUCCUAGCGCGCAUCGCAGCAGACAGCGAGAUGAUUCGGAAUCUGCGCGUGGUCUUGCAAAGCCGCACUCGCACUCGAAAGAAUCAUCGAGCACCUACUCUCCUGGUGUUCGUUGAUGAGUGCAUCCGUCAUUUCGGCGGUGAUAAAGCAGACGAGCUUUUUGGGAUCGCAAGCAACUUGGCCUUUCAAAUGAAAGCGACUCGGAAGGCCUGCAUCAAGGCCUGGCUCAUUGACAAUAAGGAUUCGCGUCGUCAUCAGCGGAAGCUCCGUAGUAGCAGACGCCGUGACAGAAGGUCCGAUGGCUCGACUGAUAGAAGCCCAUACAUUCCCCCCGAUCGUGCUUCAUACUCAAGGCGCACUUCAGACUCCCCGAAUACGCACGAGAGCGCAAUGUCCAGACGAUCUACAACCCUCACUCCAGUAACAAGCCAAUCGAGUCUCACUUCACAUCGUCAAUCUCUAUAUCUGCAUCCUAAAAGCAUUGCAAGCACGAGCCUACACGUGGCGCCAUUCGGAGCAAACAGCAGCACGACCUCGAUUCACUCGUGGUCGGAAGUGGAGCGAGAGCUCAGUAUGAUCAGGACUUGCAGGGAAAUUGCAACCGACAACCCAUAUUCUCGAGCGACGCCGGUUCCGGGAGCAAGAGUUGAACCUUUGCGUGUCAGCAGAGUGGAUUCUCGGCAUGAGCAGCUGAGCAUGAGCAUGAGCAUGAGGAAUUCACCGACCUACAAACCCUAUGUGAACGAGAAUAGCUCAUUCUUGAACUAUUCCAGUAGUGAUUACUGGACGGAUGCUACCUUGGAUUCAGAAGAGGAGAAUUUAGCUUCUACUUUUAAAUCCCAGCCUCCGCCGCAACCUCAGCCCCGAGAUCCUGUACUUCAGGGACAGCCCCGGGUGAUGACCACUUGGGGCAUGAUGGUUGAUCAAUCGAACAUGAUUUAA